AUUAGCUAUUGUAGUGUGGUACCAUUAGAUACAGUGUUUCUAGUGGCAAAGUGAAACACUGUAUUUGCCUAUUUUUUCCUGUUUUUAUUUGCCUCUGUUUCUCUGUCUGCCCAUACAGCUGAAGUAAUGAGAUGUAAUUGAUCGCAGAUUGUAAGGACCGCUAAUCCCCUGCUGACCUCACCAAGCUGAAGGAACAGCUGAAGGAAGCCGCAGCUCUCAGAGGAUCUGAACAUUACUCUGAGGUGCUUUAACUCAUUUGAUGAUGAUGGAGCGGAGGUCCAACUCACCGCUGCCCUGUUUGGAUCUGAACAACUUCGAGUCUGCCGCAGCGGAGAGGAGUCGGUAUGUUUUAACGAGCCCCCGAUCUCUGGAGUCCUGCGCUCGACUCGGUGUCAGACCGGUGCAACUUCUGAUCAAGUCGCUCAACGAGUUGAUCGCUGAACGACGCGACAUGCCCUGUGAGGCGAUGAGAGUCAUGCAUGAAUCCUAUGAAAAAGAGAGAACAAAGCUUGUGCAAAUGUGCCGCGAGGAGCGAGAGAGGAUUAUCCAGGAGGACAUGCGGACAGAGGACAGGUGGCCCAGCGGACAUAAAACCACAGAGCUGCCUCACUCCAAACUGAAGGAUCUCUCAGCUGACAAACACUCAACAGGGCCUGUUCCUUAUGCAGAUCUGUGCUCCAAAGGGAAAUCUGUCAGCAGGUCCACCUGUUCUGUUGCUGGGAAAAGAGACUCAGACAGGAGCACAGUCUGCAGCUUCAGUCUGGGAGACCUCAGACAGUCCCCAGCUACUGAGAUGCAACUGCAGAGGAUCACCAAAGACAUCAGCAAGGAGAUGUGUGUCACAGUGCCAGAGAGAGACCGCAAGAUAGCAGCUCUCAUGCUGGUGAAGCACCAGGAGGAGGAGGCUUGCCUGAAGCUCUGUCAGCAAGAGGAGCAGGAGCGACAGGAGGUCCGGAGGCAGGAGGAGGCCCAGCAGGCCGAAGCGGAAAAAAGGAGAAGGAAGAAGCUGAGGCAGAGCAUGAAACACUGGAACGAGGAGCUGAAAGCCCGCAGGAGGCUGAGGGAGCGUCAGGAGAAAGAGAAAGCAGGGCUGCUAGAGCAGGAGGUGAUGCUGCAAGAAGACCGCUGGAGGAGGCUGAAGGAGGAGGUGGAGGCCCAACGCAGAGGGAAGAUAGAGGUUGCACAGAAAGAGGCAGAGGAGCGCAAACGUUACCAGGAGAAGCUGCUGAGAGAGAAAGAGGAGGUGGAGAAGAGACAGCUGGAGAGAGAGAGGCAGGUGGCAGAGGAGAGGGAGGAGAAGGCCCGGAGGAGCAAAGUGUUGCAGGAGAAGAGGGAGCGGAGGAGGCUGCAGGAGGAAAACCGUAGAGAGCUGCUGCGACACAUCCUGCUGAAACAGAAGGUGGAGCAGCAGGUGGAGGAAGAGGAGGCUCAGAUGAAGAGCACACUUGAGAAGAAGCUGCAGCGCUCCUGCCAGAAGCGAGCCCAGGUUGUAGGUGCUCGGCUGAGGGAGCUGCAGGAGAGAGGAGCACGGGAGGACGAGCAGAUUCAAAGGGCGCAGCUGAGGGCAGAGCUGCAAGACUUCCAGCAGCUCACACACAAACAGAUCCUGGUCCAGCUGAGCCAGCAUCGCAUGGAGAGAGCCGCCCUGAGAGCCUCGGCUCAGCACAGGAGUAGAGCUCAGCAGACACAGCAGCAAAACAAACACAAGCAGAUCUGCCACCUGAGGCUCAGAGAGAAGCUGCAGAGAGAGGAGGAGGCCCUGAGACAGGUCAGGGAAAACUGCAUCUCUAUGAAGGAGUGGAAGAGGGAGAAGCUGCGAAGACAGCGGGAGCAGAUACAGGAGGAGGCACAGAGGCUGGCUCGGGCCUCCUUUCACAUGAGGGAGAGAGUGAGGCAGCAGACACACAGGCGGACCUUUGAUCAGAUGGCUCGGGAGGCUCAGCUGACUGCCUCCAUAAGCCGCCUGAAACUAUGAGAGAAAUGAUUAACUCCCAUCUGACCUCAGGAAGAUGCUUUUUUGACACGCUCUUCUAGAGUUGCUUAGAGAAGGAUCUGCAAUCAAAUAAAAGAAUUCAGCAGGUUCUAAAAACAGCAGAUAUCACCCUUCCUUUUGGCACUUUCUGAAGAUGUAGCAUGUAUGUGAAUGUGUUAUCACUGAGGUGCUGCUUGACACAGGGACCCUGGAAAGUGCCAUUAAAUAUUAUCAUGUCAGAGUUGUUUUUACUGGGCUAAAG